AUGGCAUUCACAGCAACCCAGAUUCCAACGAAAACAGAAGUUAAUCUGCAAAGACUUUUACUAGUAUGUGAAGAACGCGUCUCAAAAGAAAAUGGUUUAAUUCGUGGACCUGAAAAAACGAAAUAUAACAUAAAAUAUCUUCGCAAGCUAUUAGAUCAAAUCGAAAAGGAAGCCAAUGAACAAGUUGAUAAAACAGUUAUUAGUGAAUACGCGUUGAAAAUUCAACGGUUAUCUGAUAUUGUCGAUGAAUUUAAAUUGACAUCUCCUGUAAAUCGAACAUUUUCACAAGCGCGUUUUAUAAAACAUUCACAUCAAACGCAAGAAGAAAAAAAUAGAGAGGUUCAGGUGGAAUUAAAGAUGGUUCGACAGGCUGAAAAAGAAUUAAAACAAGAAUUAUUGCAACCUCCAUAUGAAAAGAAAGUGUGGGAAGAGAAGAAUAUGAAAACAUACACAGAAAGAAGGUCCGAAUUAUUUUCAUCUGAGACCCCAGAUUCAGAAUUGAGACAACGAAAACAAAUCUUUGAUCUUGAAAAUACUUCCAACAUCGAAACUAUUCUCCAACAUCAUCGACAAACGCAAGAUAAUCUAACAAAUGAUUUGGUAAAAAUGGCGGAAAGAUUGAAGAUGAAUUCAGUAACAUUUGGAGAUAUCUUAAUGAAAGAUGAAAAGAUCAUUGAUGAAACACAAAAUGUUCUGGGUGCUAAUUUAGAUAGAUUAAAAAAAGAGGGUUCUAGAUUAAAGAGAUACGCUACAAGAUCCAAUAAGACUACAUGGUUAGUUUGGUCUGCAGUUGUAUUUGUGUGUUUUGCAUUCAUUUUAACUUUCAUGUUAAUUCGGGUGACAUAA